AGAAAUUGAGUCUGCAGUGGUGAACAAAGUGCGUGCGGCGUUCAAACGCAGUAACAGCAGCAGCUGUGAUUGGCCGGUUCCUGUCUGUGAGUCUCGCGCUCAGGAGUAGCUCUACGUCCUCAGUAGAGGCGUUGCUCUCGUUGCUCUCGCUGUUCUCUGCUCAUUGUGCGACUUCGGCGAGAGAAAUUUCCGCUUCCUGCACCGAUAAACACCAGCGGCGAACACACACCGAGCCGACACCAACUUAAGCAGAGGGAGAGACGGAGAGAGCCGCGGGGAUUUGCCGCCUGCCGUCCGGUAGAAACCCCGGAGACUGCGAUGUUUUCACUCUCAGGCGGAGAUUAGCACUUUCCUGUUAGCGCUUCGCUCGCCUGCACCAUCCGGAGCCUGAAAAAACAAGGCAAAGCGAAGCGAGGAGACGGAGCUACAGCACCAGAGGAAGGACGACACACAGAGAAGGCAGACUACUACGGGUAUUCUCCCCAUUAGCUCCUUGUGAAAGCCCGUUUUCAGCCUCCAGGAUGUCGGAGCGAGGAGGGCUCCCGCGGACUGGGGGCGUCCCUUCGCCGCACAUGCAGCCCUCCAAGCCGGUCAGCAUCUCCAACCGGCCGGUCCAUAUGAACCUGUACGCUACCUGGGAGGUGGACCGCUCCUCGCCCAGCUGUGUGCCGAGGCUUUUCAAUCUGACCCUGAAGAAGCUGAUCAUGCUGAAGGAGCUGGAUAAGGACCUCACCUCAGUCGUCAUCGCGGUCAAACUGCAGGGCUCCAAGCGGAUCCUGCGCUCCAAUGAGAUCUUGCUGUCCUCAGCAGGACUGACGGAGACCGAUCUGCAGCUCACCUUCUCCCUCCAGUAUCCACAUUUCUUAAAGAGAGAUGCCAACAAGCUUCAGAUCAUGCUGCAGAGGCGCAAGCGAUACAAGAACAGGACCAUCCUGGGCUACAAGACCCUGGCUUUGGGUCUAAUCAACAUGGCCGAGUAUCUGUUUGAUGAAGACGAGGAGGUGAGGAAGAAGAAGCCGAGGCGUAAGCUGCCUUCCAACGCUGGUAUCACCAGGAAGCAUCCUCGAGUGGUGAUUGGAGGAACUGCAGAAGCUGCUAUGGUGGUUGCUGCUCGCUACCUUAUAAACUACCUCUAUUACUGCUACAGUGUGCUACUAUUACAGCUUAGAGAAACUCUAGGUGUCAAAGCUGCACAGCGACCGUGUGUGUUGGUCACCCGCUCCUCCGUGCGUCUCUCCCAGGUUGGUUUUGGCCUGGAGCACGUGUCCAGGGAGCAGAUCCAGGAGGUGGAGGAGGACCUGGACGAGCUGUACGACAGCCUGGAGAUGUACAACCCGAGCGACAGCGGGCCGGAGCUGGACGAGACCGACAGCAUCCUGAGCACGCCCAAACCUAAGCUGAGGCCGUUCUUUGAGGGAAUGUCUCAGUCGAGCUCUCAGACGGAGAUCGGCAGCCUGAACAGCAAAGGCAGUUUGGGCAGAGACACGUUCAGCCCGGGGGAGCAGCCUCUUCUGGAGAAGAUGAAACCUUCCCGAAGCCGCAACCUGGAUGAGAUCCCGUCUGAGACCGACACGCUGGAGCUAACAGACCAGGAGCUGUUCGCUGAAGUCGGCCCGUGCAUCAUGGUGUCCGUGGCAGAAAAACCCCGUACACCCAUUAAGAGCAGCAAAGGUGAAGCACAGCCGAUGGCAUCGCCGAGGUUGGAUGGAGGCCAUACACCAAGGCAGAAGCGCAUUAGCACUCCGAUGAAGGAGAGACAGCUGUCCAAACCUCUCAGUGAGCGGACCAACAGCUCCGACUCUGAGAGGUCCCCGGAGCUGGGACACAGCACGCCGGUUCUGAGGAAAGCAGUGUACGAUCAGCUUAACCAGAUUUUGUUGUCGGACUCGGCGCUCCCAGAGAGCCUCAUUUUGGUCAACAGCACAGACUGGCAGGGGCAGUAUGUUGCAGAGCAGCUCCAGGUACAGAGACACCCGGUGGUCUGCACGUGCUCAGCAGCUGAAAUACAGGCGGUGCUGUCUGCCGUGCUCACUCGCAUCCAGAAGUUGUGGUCUUCUUUAACAAACACCGCUCACUGUCCGUUUCCCAGGCGAGAUGAAGACUCCUACCAGAAGUUCAUUCCUUUUAUUGGGGUGGUGAAGGUUGGUCUGAUAGAGUCUGGUCAGUCUCCAACAGGAGAUGCAGAGGAGGGUGUAGCAGUGAGCCUCGCUGUCCCCUCCACAUCACCACCCUCCCACGGCUCUCCCACCGGGAUGAUCAAAGAGACAGCCACGCCUCCCUCCUCUCCCUCCAUGGGGAGCGUGCUCACAGUUCAAGGGAGCCCCAGCAUGUCCCACGGCGUGGACGCCAUCGGCCUGCAGGUGGAUUACUGGCUGGCCUCUCUGGCAGAGAAGCGGCGGGAGGGAGAGCGACGCGACACGGGCUGCAAGAACACGCUGAAGAGCGCCUUCCGCUCGCUGCAGGUCAGCAGGCUACCAGGCGGGGGCAGCAGCGAUCCACAGGCCCAGGUCAGCACCAUGGCCAUGACUGUGGUCACCAAGGAGAAGAACAAAAAAGUUCCUACCAUCUUCUUGGGGAAGAAGCCCAAAGAGAAGGACGUAGACUCCAAGAGCCAGGUCAUCGAAGGCAUCAGUCGACUCAUCUGCUCGGCCAAGCAGCAGCAGACCAUCCUGAAAGUGUCCAUAGACGGCGUCGAGUGGAACGACGUCAAGUUCUUCCAGCUGGCCGCCCAGUGGCCCACUCACGUCAAAUACCUACCUGUCGGACUUUUCGGCUACAGCAAGCCUCCCUCGUAGGGCCGAGCGCCUCGACUCCUCUAACCGGACCUGACCUUUCGACUGCCCUCCACACAAACCCCACCUCUCAGCCGCCCGCAGAGCUGAGGGAGGACAUAAAGCAGCUGGACUUUCUCCUUUUCCUUAAUCUCAUUUUGGCUUCAGUUGUCUUAUUUGUCUUUAGGGAGAGGAGGGAGGGCAGCGCUGGGGUGCAGUGCUGUUACUAGUCACUUUAUUAUUGCCCCCUUUCUGUGUGUGUUGGUGUGCUCCGUGAGUAUGCAUGCACACGUGAAUGUACAGUAUGUGUGUGUGUGGGUGUGUGU